GAGAAGCGAUGUGAUGUAAUCAUAACAGGCACUAGCUCCCAGAUCUCUCUGCGCUUUGUACUUCCGCUUUCCAUUUUCAAGAUGGCGAAUCCCUUUGUAGGAAGACAUUAAGUAUCCGGUUCUCCUAAAUGAGUGAAAGAUAACAAUAUGAGAAUCAACUUACUAUUCGAUAAUUGCCGUGAAACAUGGCCCAAAGCUUUGUGCGCGUUUGCAAAUGUUUGCGGUUACAUAAGCUGCACAAUUUGGUUUGUUGUUUUGGUGCCACAAAUAUGGAAGAACUGGAAGCGUGGAUCUGUGGAAGGACUUAGCAUUCUUUGGGCCACUGCGAACUUCACAGCCUCGCUGGCAAACUGUUUCUUCGCUUUUUCUGCUGUACUGCCUGUGUAUAUCAGAAUAUCAGCGGUAUAUAUGCCCAUUUUAGAGUUUUCCAUACUACUACAGUUUUGGUUAUACUCCAAGCACACUAUACGGAUGAGAGUAUCCUACGGCGCUGGGUGUUUUCUGAUCUGGAUUGCAGUGAUCAGUUUAGAACUUUCCGUUUCCGAUGCCGCAAAAAAUGUCCAGUGGUUGGCAAUUGUUCUUUGGUCUAUUGAGUCAUUUCCACAGAUUUAUUUGAAUAUGCGUCUUCGCUCAACAGAUGGCCAGUCCACACUCUCUGUUGUAAUUACACUUGUUGGUAAAACAUUGGAUUUCUUGCCAAAUUACCUUCUGCUUUUGCCAGCACAAUACGUUGUCAUGACCUAUUUUUCAUGUACCAUGGCUUUUAUCAAUGGAAUACAGGUUAUCUGGUACCCCAAGCUGCAACCGAAAAAAAGUGCUGUCAUGAACACAACAUACGGCAGCUUCAGAAGUCCGGACGAGGAUGCCCUGGAAGCGAAUGACUGCGAACAAGUUCCUCUGAUGGCUGACGAGGAAAGCUCAGUGGAAGAUGUCGACAGAGGAUCUGCAGAAGAAAUGGCCUCCAUUUGCACAUUUGUUGUACCGAAUUUCGAAUUUCGUGCAAGGUUGCACGAUAUUCCGCUCUAUCAACGGGGUUUUAUAUUUCUUCUUAUGCUGGCUCUGGUGGUUUUCAGCGUGUGCAUUUGCGUGAACACGGAUUCUGCGCUGGGAAUUUUCGCGCCAAUUUCGGUCGCAGUUUUUCUUUUUGGUGCGUUUUUGUAUCGAAAUUACCGCGAGGGCCGGUUGCAGUUCGCCAACUCUGUCUUAUCUGUGGGUGGAUAGCUGCUGCGCUGAUAAACCCGUGCAGUACACGUGGCUGACAGUCGUCUUUGUGGAUAGGAAUGGUUGAAGGGGAAAUCCUGCACCCGAGCCUUCUUUAUUUGUUUUGAUUGAAAAUGAGCAUUACAUUUUGAUAAGAGUUGAAAAAUGGGCUACGAGACUCACAUUGUAACAAUUUCAAAAUACUGCUCUGAAAGUUUCAAAACACGUGUUUUCGAUUUGCUUUGCAUUGUCUAAGGUGUCAUUGUACAAUUAAUGUAAUGGUCAGUUUUUAAGGAUGGACAUUUUAGAGGCAGUUGAAUCCAUCAGAAUGUCUUCAGUCUUCUGUAUUUCACUGCUCAUUUUCUUGCAGACGCUACAAAUUCUCUUGAACCGUGUGCACUUGCGCAGUAAGCUUUUCGAGAGCGUUCUGAAUCUCUGCAAGUUCCUUAUUGAUGAGCGGUGAACCAUUGGUUUUGUUACCCCCUGAUAAAUCAAAACAGAGAUUGGACUUUAAUUGAUCUUCAUGAUAUAAUUUCAAUUUAAGUCGUGGCAGAAAAAUAAGUUUGAAACAAUUGAAACAAUACUUGCCUGCGAUAAGUUAGAGGUAGUUGUUUUGAUAACAGUAAUAAUAAAG